GAGGCUCAAAGCACUCUGGGAAGUGUAGUCCAGUUCGCUUCACAGACGAUUCGCGGUGGGUGCCGGGGUUCCGGGAAGAGGCUGAACCGGCUUGAAAAGAGGCUGUGACUAUGCCUUUUAACUCUGGAGCAGGAGCACAAGAAGUGUUUGUUUAAUGAAUGACCUUUCCAUUUAGGACCUGUUUAGACCCUGAGGAUAACUCUGUGAACUGUGUUGAUCUCAGUAUGCUGCGGCGAAAACCAACCCGCCUGGAGCUGAAGCUUGAUGACAUUGAGGAGUUUGAGAGCAUUCGAAAGGACCUGGAGACCCGUAAGAAACAAAAAGAAGAAGUGGACGUCGUAGGAAUCAGUGAUGGAGAAGGCGCCAUUGGGCUCAGCAGUGACCCCAAGAGCAGGGAGCAAAUGAUUAAUGAUCGAAUUGGUUAUAAACCCCAACCCAAACCCAACAAUCGUUCAUCUCAAUUUGGAAGUUUCGAAUUUUAGAGGCGGAUUAUCUUGCAUGCCAGAGCCCUGGAAUGGAGUAGAAUGAUGGCAGAAGUACAAACAAGAUUUAGAGAACUGAGUGCUUGCAGUCAAGUAGAAUGUUUUACCUCCUGCAGAGAAUACUUCUGCAUGAGAUUACUGAUGCUUAACUUUUUUGCUCAAGGUGGAAAUCAAAACUCUAGUUUGUCUCCGGAAAAUCUGACUCUAUAAAACUUGUCUCAUUUUUGCUUUUUAAAAUAAAUAUAUUUUUUGAAAAGUGUGUGACACCCUUAAUGAAGCAUAAUCCUAGCACUGUUAACCCUCAGACUUUAAAAGGUAACUGCUGUGAGAGGUAACAUCACUCUUCCCACCUUUAUUGAGAGACUUGAAGCACAGAACACUUGCAUUUGAUCCCUGUCACUGACUUUCUUCCAAUUCAUCUGUUCAGCAAGUAUUUAUUGAGUGCCUGUUAUGUGCCAGAUACUAUUCUAGGCACUUAGUAACAUCAGUGAACAAAAUCAAAGAUCCCUGCCUUUGUGGAGAUUAGAUUCUAGUGAUUUUGUGUAAAUGUGAUCAAGCUGUGGGUUUCCAGAAUCUGUUUACAGAAUGGCUUCAUAGCUAGUCUGAGUGUAAUUUCGGGAGAGGGGACAGUGGAAUGAAACA